AUGCGUUUGUUCGAGAAUAGCAAAGAUAUGGAAAAUCGAAAGAGACUGUUACGUGCUAAGAAAGCGGCUGGCAAUAACAAUUGCUUUGAAUGCAAAAGUGUCAAUCCACAAUUCGUUUCUUGUAGCUUCGGUAUAUUUAUUUGUGUUAAUUGUGCAAACCUCUUGAGGGGACUAGGUACAAACAUCUUUUGUGUAAAAUCAAUAACAAUGGAUAGUUUUGAAGAAAAGGACGUCAGAAGAGUAGAGAAAAGUGGAAAUUUUAGAUUCGGUUCCUUUUUGUCUAAAAAUGGUAUUCUACAGAACGGAAUUCCGUUACGUGAAAAAUAUGAUAAUUUGUUUGCUAAAAGUUACAAGAGAAGGCUGGCCAAUGAAGUGCGUAGCAAUGAUAUAAAUCAGAAUAUGUAUUUGGGAUUUAAUAAUUUCGAACAGUAUACGGACAGUGCCACAAACCAAAUAAGAGAUCGAACAUUGAGAGAAAUAUCCAACAACACCAAUAAUUCGGAAGGGGCGGAAUUUAUACUACCGGAGAAGGUGUUAGGCUCAGAUAAUUUUCAAGACUGCGAAAGAUUUCCCACCCGUUUGAGCUCCCAAAGAAAUCUCGACGAGAAUAAUCUAGCAAGUGCCACGAGUACUUUAACAAUCGAAAAAUUCCAAAAUGACCCCAUUGGUACCAUUUCUAGAAGCUGGGUGUUGCUUUCAGAUGCAUUAUACAAAUCAUACGAAGACUUUAAAGGCUCGGUUGUUCAACCAACGAUUGAAAACAUUCAGCAGCGGAAUUUGUCAAAUGACAUUAAAAGAUCACUUGUGCAGUUUAAUGAGAAGUUGCAUGAAACACCCCAUUUACCCUCGCCAGUAUUUUCUUGUUUUACUGGGGGAGACAUUCUUCCUCCAGAAUUCAAUUAG